AGAGCUUAUAAAAGGAGCCCCCUCCUACCCAUCCAGAGCACGGAGCUCCAGCACCAACCCACACACAAGCACCAACAAGCCACCAGCAACCUCAGACAGAGGCCGGAAACUCAGCCGCAAAGCAAGGAAAGAAGUCUUCGGUUCUUAAUUCCAUUCCAAAUUUCCAACAGCAAAUGGAGAAGGUAGGACAUGAGCAUGUGAUCGGCAUCCCGGUCAGCAGCACUGCUAUCGGCAUCGAGGAGCCGGAGUUCACGAGCGAUGCCAAGUAUUCGACGAGCGCCCGUGCCGGAGGCAAAUCGGGCAAGUUUGCGAGGGGCAUCAAAGAACAUGUGACUCUCGGCCCAAAGUUGUACGAGACCGUGAGGGGCAAGCUGUCGCUGGGCGCAAGGAUCAUCCAGGCCGGCGGCGUGGAGAAAGUCUUCCGGCGGUGGUUCGCCGUGGAGAAGGGCGAGAAGCUCCUCAAGGCCUCGCAGUGCUACCUGUCCACCACCGCCGGACCGAUCGCCGGAGUGCUCUUCGUAUCGUCGGAGAGGGUGGCCUUCCGCAGCGACCGGUCGCUGGAGCUGACCUCGCCCAAGGGCGACACGGUGCGUGUGCCGUACAAGGUGGCCGUCCCGCUGAGGAGGGUGAAGGCGGCCAGGCCGAGCGAGAACCAGCACCGGCCGGAGCAGAAGUACGUCCAGCUGGUGACCGACGACGGCUUCGAGUUCUGGUUCAUGGGCUUCGUCAGCUACCAGGCGUCCCUGCAGCACCUCGAGCAGGCCAUCGCGGAGUCGCACGUCGUCUGAUCCGACUGAUUGAUCAAAUCGCACGUAUGCGCGCUGUGUGUUCUCGUCUGGGUUUGCCGUUGUACGUGUCGUGUGUGCUGGUCCGGUUGACCUGGUGUGUAGCGCAUAGGUAAGUAGGGUUUCAUGGUGGAUUGCUUGUCGUUUUUGGCAUUGGAGCAACUCCGGUAAUACUUACAAUGGUAGGAGAAAUUUAAUUUAGGGCGUGAAGAAUUCUUCAUGUUGAAGUAAUACUGUAUGCAUGGUACAGUCGCCACGGCAAAAGUGCCAUCAUAAUAACGUGUGGUAUGCACUACCAGUUCAGUGAGAAAAAACACGAAUUGUUUGUUCUACAUC